AUGGCUUCAUCAGGUUUUUCUCCUGCAGCACCACCAGUUUUUAAUGGUGAGGGAUUCCACAUUUGGAUUGUCAAAAUGAGGACUUACCUACAGGCCUUCGAUCCGUGGGAAGUUUUCAACACUGAUGUCGAGCCAGCUCCACUUCGAGCCAAUCCCACAGUGGCUCAAAUCAGACAGCAUGCAGAUGAGAGGACCAAAAGAAUUAUGGCUUGUGAGACUCCCAAGCAAGCCCGGGACAAGCUCAAGGAGGAGUUCCAAGGCACUGAAAGAACAAGGCAGCAGCAGUUGUUGAAUUUGAGGAGAGAUUUUGAAAAUUUGAAGAUGAAGGAAGAAGAGACAGUGAAACAGUACUCAGACAGGAUAAUAGCUUGGGCCAACAGCAUAAGGUUGCUAGGAGAACAGUUUAGUGAGGCAAGGAUUGUGGAAAAGGUGCUCUCAACAUUGCCUGAAAGACAUGAGGCUAAGAUCUCAUCCUUGGAGGAUUCGAGAGACCUUGCAACCAUCUCCCUAAUUGAGCUUAUCAAUGCUCUUUAUGCUCAGGAGCAAAGGAGAGCCAGCAGAAUGGAAGAGCACCAGGAAGAUUCUGUAAAAGACCUGGUCAUCCAGAGGCCAGAUGCUGUGUGUCAACACUACAAGAAAAAGGGCCAUGUUGAAAGGGUCUGCAAAGAAAAAGGCAGACCUAGCCAAAACCAACCACAACACAAGGGUAAAGAAGCUCGAGUGGCUGAAGACAGUAGUGACCAUGAAGAGCAUGUCUUUGCUAUAUCAUGUUUAGCUGGUCAAGGCAAAGGCUCAAAAGGGUGGUUGCUGGACAGUGGCUGUACCAACCGCAUGUCACCAGAUGUAACAAUCUUCAAAACCUUGGAUAAAAGCUGCAAAACCAGGGUGAAAAUUAGGAAUGGUCAGUUCAUCAAGGCUGAAGGCAAAGGAGAUGUGCUAAUAUGCACUUCCACAGGAGACAAAGUCAUCACAAAUGUGCUGCUGGUACCUGAGAUUGAUAGGAACCUUCUUAGCAUUGCUCAACUGCUUGAAAGGGGCUAA